AAUGCUCUCGCACGGGGCGAUUCCCCCCGCGCCACGACCCAAACCGAACCCCCCACACAUGAACGCCACCAGCACGAGACGAUACAGACGAGACCAGCAGCUCCAUCUCCACAAUUCGUGUGCCUUCCCCCACCACUACGCGGCUCCCGAGGAGACGAAUCGAGCCUCCUCCUUCUCCACUCCCGGUCGCCGCCGCUACGUCGAUAUUGGAAAGGGCUCCGACAGCUCGAACACCGACUUAAGUUGCAUGGGGAGAGGAUGCCAGAACUGCGCAGCAGUACUCGCCAAGCACGUCUGAGGUUCAGGAAGCUUGACGAUCAACAAGCAGAGCCGGCUGUGAAACCGGUGCCGCCUGCUCCACAGAGAGCAGGGAAGUGCGAUCAUAUACCUGCUGCCAGGGGCAGAAAGGGUGCUCCUUGGAGAAGAGUGGUGCCGGCACCAAGGCGUGCAAGAAAGGGAGCGGAAGUUGUUGACUUGGAUGCUAACCUGGGUUCUGAACACCUCCCUAAAGCUGUUGCCAUACAUGCAGUUGUUUGUGAAUCCAAGGACCCUGCUUUGAACAAGGUUGCUCAGGGUGUCGGCAAUAAAGGUAUGAGAAUGGAUGGUGAAAGUGCUGAGAAGCUUGUCGGCGCUGAAGACGAUUCAACAAUAGCACCAAUCCCGGAGAGGGUUCAUGUAGGUAAUUCUCCUGUGUAUAUAACUGACAGGAAACUAGGUAAAGGUGGCUUUGGUCAAGUGUAUGUUGGUAGAAGGGUAUCUGGUGGGACUGCUCGCACUGGUCCUCAUGCAUAUGAGGUUGCAUUGAAGUUUGAGCACCGGAGUAGUAAAGGGUGCAAUUUUGUCCCCCCAUAUGAGUGGCAAGUUUAUCAGACUCUCAACGGCUGCUAUGGUGUACCGGCAGUCCACUAUAAGGGCCGGCAGGGCGACUACUAUAUCCUUGUAAUGGAUAUCCUUGGUCCCAGUCUUUGGGAUGUAUGGAAUUCGCUGGGACAAGCGAUGUCUCCACAUAUGGCUGCUUGCAUUGCUGUAGAAGCCAUAUCAAUUCUUGAGAAGUUUCAUUCCAAAGGGUUUGUUCAUGGUGAUGUGAAACCAGAGAACUUUCUGCUUGGUCUGCCUGGAUCACCUGAGGAGAAGAAGCUUUUCCUUAUUGAUCUUGGUUUAGCAUCAAAGUGGAGAGAUUCGUCAGGUCAACAUGUUGAUUAUGAUCAAAGGCCUGAUAUCUUUAGGGGGACAAUUAGAUAUGCAAGUGCUCAUGCUCAUCUAGGUCGUACAGGUAGUAGGAGGGAUGAUUUAGAGUCAUUGGCAUACACCCUUAUAUUUUUAAUAAAAGGAAGAUUGCCUUGGCAAGGCUACCAGGGAGAUACCAAGAGUUUCCUUGUUUGCAAGAAAAAAAUGGCUACCUCUCCGGAUAUGUUAUGCAGUUUCUGCCCACCUCCGUUCAAACAGUUUCUUGAGUCUGUCACAAAUAUGAAAUUUGAUGAAGAGCCAAAUUACGCCAAACUUAUUUCUCUCUUUGAAAGUUUGAUUGAAUCACCUGCGUCAAGGCCCAUCAGAAUUGAUGGGGCCCUUAAGGUGGGGCAAAAACGUGGAAGGCUACCUGUAAAUCAUGAAGAAGAUGAUCAGCCUAAGAAGAAAGUUAGAUUAGGGAGCCCAGCAUCACAGUGGAUUUCAGUUUACAAUGCCAGGCGCCCUAUGAAGCAGCGGUAUCAUUACAAUGUUGCUGACAACAGGCUUCAACAGCAUAUAGAAAAGGGUAAUGAGGAUGGUCUAUACAUCAGUUGUGUGGCUUCUUCAGCAAACCUUUGGGCUCUCAUUAUGGAUGCAGGAACUGGUUUCGGUUCUCAGGUUUAUGAACUCUCACCUGUUUUUCUACACAAGGACUGGAUAAUGGAUCAGUGGGAGAAAAGUUUCUACAUAACAGCAAUAGCUGGAGCAUUGAACGGAAGUUCAUUGGUUGUAAUGUCUAAAGGUCUGUGGCUUACGAUUUUAUAUCAAUCAGGAACUCCUUACACUCAACAAUCGUACAAGGUUAGCGAAUCAUUCCCCUUCAAGUGGAUCAAUAAAAAGUGGAAAGAAGGUUUUCAUGUAACAUCUAUGGCCACAGCUGGAAAUCGCUGGGGAGUAGUCAUGUCAAGGAACUCUGGCUAUUCUGAACAGAUUGUUGAGUUGGAUUUCCUGUAUCCAAGUGAAGGCAUCCAUCGGCGAUGGGAGCAUGGUUACAGAAUAACUUCUUCAGCAGCUACCGGUGAUCAAGCCGCUUUUAUCUUGAGCAAGCCAAAACGGAAACCAGUAGACGAGACACAAGAAACUCUACGGACCUCAGCCUUUCCCAGCAACCAUGUAAAGGAUAAAUGGGCCAAGAAUCUGUACAUUGCUUCGAUCUGCUACGGGAGAACUGUCAGUUGACCAAGGGAGGGACGUUUAGUACUUUGGCAAAUGAGCAUCAGUUGAUGUGAGAUACAAGAGAAUUGCCAUGAUAGGAUUCAAAAGCAGAAGUUGAUGUGAUGGUUAAUUCGACCUAAUUGUAAAACCGAAUGCAUGUUGUGGACCUUCUCCAUAAGAUGCUAACAUAAUCCACACGAAAUUUGCAUUUAUAGUUUGGUUAGUUUCA